AUGGGCAGACUGGGCUACUGGACCUUGCUGGUGCUGCCGGCCCUUCUGGUCUGGCGCGGUCCGGCGCAGGGCGCGGCGGCGGAGAAGGGUCCCCCGGCGCUGAACAUCGCAGUGCUGCUGGGUCACAGCCACGACGUGACGGAGCGUGAACUGCGAAACCUGUGGGGCCCCGAGCAGGCGGCCGGGCUGCCCCUGGACGUGAACGUAGUAGCGCUGCUGAUGAACCGCACGGAUCCCAAGAGCCUCAUCACACACGUGUGUGACCUCAUGUCAGGGGCGCGCAUCCACGGCCUGGUGUUUGGGGAUGACACCGACCAGGAGGCCGUGGCCCAGAUGCUGGAUUUUAUCUCCUCACAGACUUUCAUUCCCAUCCUGGGCAUCCAUGGGGGCGCAUCUAUGAUCAUGGCUGACAAGGAUCCAACGUCUACCUUCUUCCAAUUUGGAGCAUCCAUCCAGCAGCAAGCCACGGUCAUGCUGAAGAUCAUGCAGGAUUACGACUGGCAUGUCUUCUCCCUGGUGACCACCAUCUUCCCUGGCUACAGGGACUUCAUCAGCUUCAUCAAGACCACAGUGGACAACAGCUUUGUGGGCUGGGACAUGCAGAACGUGAUCACGCUGGACACGUCCUUCGAGGACGCAAAGACGCAAGUCCAGCUGAAGAAGAUCCACUCUUCCGUCAUCUUGCUCUACUGUUCCAAAGACGAGGCGGUUCUCAUCCUGAGCGAGGCCCGCUCCCUCGGCCUCACCGGGUACGAUUUCUUCUGGAUCGUCCCCAGCUUGGUCUCCGGGAACACAGAGCUCAUCCCCAGAGAGUUUCCAUCGGGACUCAUUUCCGUCUCCUACGACGACUGGGACUACAGCCUGGAGGCGAGGGUGCGAGACGGGCUGGGCAUCCUGACCACGGCCGCGUCUUCCAUGCUGGACAAGUUCUCCUACAUCCCCGAGGCCAAGGCCAGCUGCUACGGGCAGACGGAGAAGCCGGAGGCCCCCAUGCACACGCUGCACCAAUUUAUGGUCAAUGUGACGUGGGAUGGCAAAGACUUGUCCUUCACUGAGGAAGGCUACCAGGUGCAUCCCAGACUGGUGGUCAUCGUGCUGAACAAGGACCGUGAAUGGGAAAAGGUGGGCAAGUGGGAGAACCAGACCUUGAGCCUGAGGCAUGCCGUGUGGCCCAGGUACAAGUCCUUCUCCGACUGUGAGCCGGACGACAACCAUCUGAGCAUCGUCACCCUCGAGGAGGCCCCCUUUGUCAUCGUGGAAGACAUUGACCCGCUGACAGAGACGUGUGUGAGGAACACCGUGCCGUGCCGGAAGUUUGUCAGGAUCAACAAUUCGACCAACGAAGGCAUGAACGUUAAAAAGUGCUGCAAGGGGUUCUGCAUCGAUAUCCUCAAGAAGCUUUCCAGAACGGUGAAGUUCACCUAUGACCUUUACCUGGUGACCAAUGGGAAGCACGGCAAAAAAGUGAACAACGUGUGGAACGGGAUGAUUGGGGAGGUGGUCUACCAUCGGGCGGUCAUGGCUGUCGGCUCACUCACCAUCAACGAGGAGCGUUCCGAAGUGGUGGAUUUCUCUGUGCCCUUCGUGGAGACAGGAAUCAGCGUCAUGGUUUCCAGAAGUAACGGCACCGUCUCACCUUCUGCUUUUCUAGAACCAUUCAGCGCCUCUGUCUGGGUGAUGAUGUUUGUGAUGCUGCUCAUUGUCUCUGCCAUAGCUGUCUUCGUCUUUGAAUACUUCAGUCCUGUUGGAUACAACAGAAACCUAGCCAAAGGGAAAGCACCCCAUGGGCCUUCUUUUACGAUUGGAAAAGCUAUUUGGCUCCUCUGGGGCCUGGUGUUCAACAACUCUGUGCCUGUCCAGAAUCCUAAAGGGACCACCAGCAAGAUCAUGGUGUCCGUGUGGGCCUUCUUCGCCGUCAUCUUCCUGGCCAGCUACACAGCCAACCUGGCCGCUUUCAUGAUCCAGGAGGAGUUUGUGGACCAAGUGACUGGCCUCAGUGACAAAAAGUUUCAGAGACCUCACGACUAUUCCCCGCCCUUUCGAUUUGGCACGGUGCCCAACGGCAGUACAGAGAGAAACAUCCGGAACAACUACCCCUACAUGCACCAGUACAUGACCAAGUUUAAUCAGAAGGGAGUCGAGGACGCCUUGGUCAGCUUGAAAACAGGGAAACUGGAUGCUUUCAUCUACGACGCUGCCGUCUUGAAUUACAAGGCUGGGAGGGACGAAGGCUGCAAGCUGGUGACCAUUGGGAGUGGGUACAUCUUUGCUACCACUGGUUAUGGGAUCGCCCUCCAGAAGGGUUCACCAUGGAAGAGGCAGAUUGACCUGGCCCUGCUCCAGUUUGUGGGUGAUGGGGAGAUGGAGGAGCUGGAGACGCUGUGGCUCACGGGGAUCUGCCACAACGAGAAGAAUGAGGUGAUGAGCAGCCAGCUGGACAUCGACAACAUGGCAGGCGUGUUCUACAUGCUGGCAGCCGCCAUGGCGCUCAGCCUCAUCACCUUCAUCUGGGAGCAUCUCUUCUACUGGAAGCUGCGCUUCUGCUUCACGGGCGUCUGCUCUGACCGGCCGGGCCUGCUCUUCUCCAUCAGCAGGGGUAUCUACAGCUGCAUCCACGGAGUGCACAUUGAAGAAAAGAAAAAGUCUCCAGACUUCAACCUGACUGGAUCCCAGAGCAACAUGUUAAAAUUCCUUCGGUCCGCCAAAAACAUCUCCAACUUGUCUAACAUGAACUCCUCAAGGAUGGAUUCCCCCAAGAGAGCUGCGGACUUCAUCCAGCGAGGCUCCCUCAUCAUGGACAUGGUUUCAGAUAAGGGCAACCUGGUCUACUCAGACAACCGGUCCUUCCAGGGGAAAGACAGCAUCUUCGGGGACAACAUGAACGAACUCCAGACCUUCGUGGCCAACAGGCACAAGGAUAACCUCAACAACUAUGUGUUCCAGGGCCAGCAUCCUCUGACUCUCAAUGAGUCCAACCCCAACACAGUGGAGGUGGCCGUCAGCACGGAGUCCAAAGGGAAUUCCCGGCCCCGGCAGCUUUGGAAGAAAUCAAUGGAGUCGCUCCGCCAAGACUCCCUGACCCAGAACCCCAUCUCCCAGAGGGAUGAGGGGCCCGUGGAGAACCGGACCCACUCCCUGAAGAGCCCUCGGUACCUUCCUGAAGAGGUGGCCCACUCGGACGUCUCUGAAACAUCGAGCCGGGCCGCGUGCCACCGGGAGCCAGACAACAAUAAGAACCACAAGGCCAAGGACAACUUCAAGAGGACCAUGGCCUCCAAGUACCCCAAGGACUGCAGCGAGGCAGAGCGCUCCUACCUGAAAACCAAAGCGAGCUCUCCCAGGGACAAGAUCUACACCAUUGAUGGCGAGAAGGAGCCCAGUUUCCACCUCGACCCGCCCUCGUUCGCGGAAAGCAUGGCCCUCCCCGAGAACGUGGACUUCUCCGACACCUACCAGGAGCGCGGCGAGAGCUUCCGCAAGGGGGAUUCCACGCUGCCCCUCAACCGGAACGCCCUGCAUGAUGAGGACGUGCUCCCCAACAAUGAGCCGUACAAACUCUACUCCAAGCACUUCAGCCUGAAAGACAAGAGCUCCCCGCACAGCGAGGGCAGCGACCGGUACCGCCAGAACUCCACGCACUGCAGGAGCUGCCUGUCCAACCUGCCCACCUACGCGGGCCACUUCACCGUGCGCUCCCCCUUCAAGUGCGACGCCUGCCUACGGAUGGGGAACCUCUACGACAUCGACGAGGACCAGAUGCUUCAGGAGACGGGGAACCCCGCCGCCCAGGAGGAGGUCUACCAGCAGGACUGGGCCCCGAACAGCGCCCUCCAACUCCAAAAGAACAAGCUGAGGAUCAGCCGGCAGCACUCCUACGAUAACAUCCUCGACAAACCCAGGGAGGUGGACCCUAGCAGGCCCUCCCGGAGCAUCAGCCUCAAGGACCGUGAACGGCUCCUGGAGGGAAACCUGUACGGGAGUCUCUUUAGCGUCCCCUCCAGCAAACUCGCGGGGAACAAGGGUUCCCUUUUCCCCCAGGGCCUGGAGGUCGGCAAGCGGAGCAAGUCCCUCUUGCCGGACCACACCUCCGAGAACCCUUUCCUCCACUCCUACGGGGAUGACCAACGCUUAGUGAUCGGCAGGUGCCCCUCGGACCCUUACAAACACUCGCUGCCGUCUCAGGCUGCGAACGACGGCUAUCUCCGCUCGUCCUUGAGGUCGACGGCGUCAUACUGUUCCAGGGACAGUAGAGGCCAUAGCGACGUGUAUAUUUCAGAGCAUGUUAUGCCUUAUGCUGCAAAUAAGAAUAAUAUGUACUCUGCCCCCAGGGUUUUAAACUCCUGCAGCAAUAGACGUGUGUACAAGAAAAUGCCUAGUAUCGAAUCUGAUGUUUAA